AUGAAAACUCGUUUUUCAGGUAGUUUUCGAUGGAAUUUAACAGGAAUAACAGUGGCAGGAACAACUGGUACAAAUGGUACACUGCCAAAUCAGCUGAAUUUACCAUAUGGCAUAUUUAUUGAUUCAAAUAAUGAUUUAUAUGUAGCUGAUUACAAGAACCAUCGAAUACAAAAAUGGUUGAGUGGUGCUUCAACUGGCACAACAAUCGCUGGACUUACCAAUUGUACAAGUGGAUCAACUUCAAAUCACCUAUAUUAUCCUACAGCUGUUUACGUUGAUAGAAAAAAUCAAAAUUUAUAUAUUGAUGACUCGGGCAAUCAUCGAGUACAAUUAUGGAAUAAUAGUGCUACCAAUGGUGCAACUGUUGCAGGAACUACUGGUAACGCUGGAAAUGGGAGUAAUCAAUUAAGUUACAUUUACGGUAUUUGGGUUGAUUCAAACGAGAAUAUUUAUGUGACAGACCGUGAUAAUUAUCGUGUUAUGAAAUGGACUUCUGGCAAUGCAUCGAGUGGGACAAUUGUGGUUAAUCAGCGAAAUGUACAGUUGAAUAUGCCAUACGGAAUAUAUUUAGACGAAAUCAGUAAUUCAGUUUAUAUAUCAGAUUCUGCAAUUCAUACAAUUAUGAAAUUAGUCUUAGGCGCUUCAAAUGGCACCAUAAUUGCGGGCAUAUCUGGCAUAAGUGGUUCGAAUUCAACUUUAAUGAAUAGCCCAACGUCAAUAACAUUUGAUCAAUAUGGUAAUCUAUAUGUUGCCGAUAGUCAAAAUCAUCGGGUACAAAUGUUCUGUCCAAAUUCACUAUCAGGAAUAACAAUCGCAGGUGGUAGUAGUGGCUUGAGUAGUACACAGUUACAUUCUCCAUUAGGUCUUGCUUUAGAUUCUAAUCUCAAUCUCUAUGUAUCAGACUCUAAAAAUCAUCGGAUACAGAAAUUUAUGAAAUUAUAA